GCCGCUCGCUCCUCCCGAUUCCCGCCGCGUCCGCCGCUGCUCCUCCUCUCCCGGGCGUCGCGGCCGCUGCCUCUGCGGGCUGUAUGAGGAGGAGUAGGAGGAGGAGGAGGAGGAAGAGGAGGAUGUGAAGAUGGCGGAGCUGCAGAUGCUGCUGGAAGAGGAAAUCCCGGGGGGCCGCCGGGCUCUCUUCGACAGCUACACGAAUCUGGAGCGGGUGGCCGACUACUGCGAGAAUAACUACAUCCAGUCACCAGAUAAGCAGCGAGCCCUAGAAGAAACCAAAGCCUACACCACUCAAUCCUUAGCAAGUGUUGCGUAUCUGAUAAACACCUUGGCCAACAAUGUCCUACAGAUGUUGGAUAUCCAGGCAUCACAGUUACGGAGGAUGGAGUCUUCAAUCAACCAUAUUUCACAAACAGUUGAUAUUCAUAAAGAGAAAGUUGCAAGAAGAGAAAUUGGUAUUUUGACCACCAAUAAAAACACUUCAAGAACCCAUAAGAUUAUUGCGCCAGCCAACCUUGAGCGGCCAGUUCGUUAUAUUCGAAAACCUAUUGACUACACAAUUUUAGAUGACAUUGGACAUGGAGUGAAGUGGUUGCUUAGAUUUAAGGUGAGUACCCAGAAUAUGAAAAUGGGUGGAUUGCCACGUACGACACCUCCAACUCAGAAGCCCCCAAGUCCCCCUAUGUCAGGGAAGGGGACACUUGGGCGGCACUCCCCCUAUCGAACACUGGAGCCAGUGCGUCCUCCAGUGGUACCAAAUGAUUACGUACCUAGCCCAACCCGUAAUAUGGCUCCCUCGCAGCAGAGCCCUGUGAGGACAGCUUCUGUGAAUCAAAGAAAUCGAACUUACAGCAGCAGUGGGAGCAGUGGAGGAAGCCACCCAAGUAGUCGGAGCAGCAGUCGGGAGAACAGCGGAAGUGGUAGUGUGGGGGUUCCCAUCGCUGUGCCUACUCCAUCUCCUCCAAGCGUCUUUCCAGCCCCUGCUGGCUCUGCUGGCACUCCUCCCCUUCCUGCUACUUCUGCAUCUGUCCCCACCCCUCUUGUUCCUGCUACUGUUCCCUCCUCCACUGCCCCAGACGCUGCUGCUGGGGGUGCACAGAGCCUUGCUGAUGGCUUCACUUCUCCAACUCCCCCUGUUAUUUCUUCUAACCCCCCCACAGGUCAUCCUGUUCAGUUCUACAGCAUGAACAGGCCUGCCUCUCGCCAUACACCACCUACAAUAGGGGGCUCGUUGCCCUAUAGACGUCCUCCUUCCAUAACGUCACAAACAAGCCUUCAGAAUCAGAUGAAUGGAGGUCCUUUUUAUAACCAGAAUCCAGUAUCUCUUGCUCCUCCUCCUCCUUCCAUCUUACAGGUAACUCCUCAGUUACCUUUAAUGGGAUUUGUGGCCAGAGUCCAAGAAAAUAUUUCAGAUACACCACCUCCACCCCCACCUGUGGAAGAGCCAGUCUUUGAUGAAUCCCCCCCUCCACCACCUCCUCCAGAAGAUUAUGAAGAGGAGGAAGCAGCUGUGGUUGAGUACAGCGAUCCUUAUGCUGAAGAGGACCCACCGUGGGCGCCAAGGGCUUACUUGGAAAAGGUUGUGGCAAUUUAUGAUUAUACAAAAGACAAGGAAGAUGAGCUGUCCUUUCAGGAAGGAGCCAUUAUAUAUGUCAUCAAGAAGAAUGACGAUGGUUGGUAUGAGGGAGUUAUGAAUGGUGUGACCGGGCUCUUCCCUGGGAACUAUGUUGAGUCCAUCAUGCAUUAUUCGGAGUAGAGCCCGGCACAGCUGUGCUUCUCUCUCAAGAGGUCAGGUCUUCCCAGAUUAGCUUGAGGCCCUGGGAAUUUCCUCCCAGUGAAAUGAAUGAAGCAUACAAAUGAUGAAGUUACUCCUUUUAUUACUGUUUUGGUUUAUCCCCUAGUAUCAAAAACUGAAAGCCAAGUCUGAACAAGUGGAUCUUCUUGCUGUCAUUUGCAUUAUGCUAUCUAGAUUGAAAAUGUGGCCAUUUCUCAAUCAUGAAAGGCAUACCAACAUGAACAUGUAGCUAAAACAUGUAAGACCAAGACUGACUUGAGGAAAAAUAUCUGGGAUCUUUCUCAGGAAUACUGUACACCCUUGGAUUUCUCUUCCUGCAGAAUCUGUGACAUUGGAUGCUCAUUGCCUCUGCUUUGGGGCUAACCUCAUGGCCUGGUGGACACCCUUGCCCUUUACUUUCAGUAUAUGGAGAGGAAAGGAACCAGUGUUUAAAUACUUUAUUUAACUACUUUUCGAUUGCUUAAAAAAGCUGUUUUCCUUCUUUAACACUGUAAAUCCUGUGUUCUCUUAGCACUGGAGUGCGCUAGGUGAGUUAAUCCUGAACUCCCUCGCAUCCUGUCCUGUUUGUAGAUUAUAAGGAUGACAAAAUGUGAAAGUCUCCAAAUAUUCCCAGGGUUGUUAACAGUUUGAUUUUAAUGCACUGUUGCAUGAGACUGCAUUGCUGAUAGCAGCCAGUGAAACCAAUGUGAAAUGUGGUGUAGGUACUUCAUGUACUGAGGUGAGCUUGUUGGACACGAAGGUUCCUAAGGAUCUCCAGCCUUAGGCACUGUUUCAGAGUAGGGCCUAGGAAGUCAGACCAGCUAUUACUGUUCUUUUGAUAUUCAACCCCCCCCCCCUUUAUUUUUAUUUUUUUAGCAGAGACUAGUUGUCAAGUCUCUUGACAGUCACUCCUGGACUGGGAAUGAAAGGCUGCUACCAUGCUCUUGGACCAUUAUCAAUGGCAGUGUUAGCUGAUGCCAAGUCAUUUUCAAUCUCUCAGCUAUUGAAAAAUAAGUCUCCUCCUGAUCUGAAGUGAUUAGACUCUAAAGUAGCACUCCUAGUAAUAUUCUGAACCUUGUGAUUCAGAGUAAAGAGUGUGCUGAGGAAGACUAAUAGAAUAAAAUACUUACCCAGGCACACUGAGGAAAAGCAGUAGUAUGUAUUUGAAACUAUUGGCAUCUCCCUCAUCUACUGAAGAGGAGAUAAAGCUGUUGUAAUCCAGAUGCAGGAUUGCACAUGCUGUCUGGUGAUGCUAGAAGAACAAGGGUUGUAGAUGUGAAGAAAAGCAGACUAUAAGGCACUGACACUCCACUGGGAGAUCCGCUAUCUGCACCUGAGGCUUCACUGUGCAACUCGGACCCAGACAGUGUUCUUCUCAAGACCUUUUUUGCUUUAAGGUUGUAGGUUUUGUUUGUUUCAGACAUGGUGUUCCUCCUGCUCUAGCCUCUCAAAUACUAGGAUUAUAAGGAGGAGCCACUGUACCAGGAGCAGCAGGCUGUUUUGGUUUUAAUUUUAUUUUAAAAACCACAUUGCACAUCAGCUAUCACACUUUAAGAUUUUUUUUUUUUUUUUUUUUGGUUUUUUCGAGACAGGGUUUCUCUGUGUAGCCCUGGCUGUCCUGGAACUCACUUUGUAGACCAGGGUGGCCUCGAACUCAGAAAUCCACCUGCCUCUGCCUCCCAAGUGCUGGGAUUAAAGGCGUGCGCCAUCACGCCCGGCUCACACUUUUAGAUUUUUUUCUGAAGCUUUGGAUUCUUUAACUUCCUUCUAGCACACGUUCCACUUCAUGGAUUUGUUAGGUCAUCUUGACUGUCUUCAGGAUAUAUCCCUGAAGUCCUCUGAACCUUUAGUUCCAUUAUGGACCCAAGCAAGACUGUAUAUGAACGUUUAACUCUGAUUGUAUUGGUACAUGGAAACUUUUGAAAACUAGUUGCACUAAUUAUUUAUUUAAGUAGCCUUUUGUUGAACAUGCUUAGUUGAUUAAUAAGACACUUGGAAACUCAGCAAACAACUAGCUUUUGUAGUCAUAGAAACAACUGGUGGUAGGCACCAGGAAUACAGCUUAUCUUCUGGACUCCUGCUGAGUUGGGGUUUGCAGAAAACACUUGUGAAAUCCUUUGUGCUGAAGACUUGCACUGGGGGUAAUCCAUGGGACAGAUGACCCCCUCCCCCUUGUAUUAUUGAGUACUGAUAAGAUUUUGAAAACGAAACACAAAAUACUGUAUGUUGGCCUUUUCCCCCAAUCUUAAAUUUUUGCAAUUUUGGAUUCUCUGAAUUGUUUUGGAAGGAUACUCUGUAACAAUGAGCCAGACCUACAGUAAUCGGAGACUUUUAAUGUAUGUAAUAUUUUAUAGAUUGCAUGCUGUUAAUACUGUGAGGUUAUUUCCUGUUUUAUUGUAAAUUUUCCCAUUUAUUUGCCCAUAAACUAAAAUAUGGUUGAUAUUAGGAAUUUUAAACAAAUGUUGAAACUUUGCUGACCAGAAUACAACCACUUUACCAAGACACAGGUACUGAGGGCUCUGGUCUAUCCUGAAAUGUCUGAUUCUGUGCACAGUUCCUUUACCCUUAAAAAAAAAAAGAAAAGAAAAAGGAGGAAAAAAAAAAAGACUGGACAUGUCUCUUUUUUUGGUGUUAAUAUUUGAAGGUCCAAGGAUCUGAGUGAAAAUACAUUCUUGUGUUUGAUCUUAUAGCCAAGGCAAAUUAGAAACAAAAAUAGUGCCAAUAUUUUGAAAUCUAGACCCAAGAUUUCAGCCUGCUGUGUUUGGAAUAAAUAUGAAUUUUUAAAGAUGUCUCCUACAGUAUUUUCCUUUUGGCUACUUCUGUCUUCCUGAGAGGUACUUGUUGUCCUCAUCUAGGGAUUAGCACAGGACUGCUGAGUUUGCUAUUCUUAAGUCACUGGGUGAUAGUUUUUACCCCCUCCUUUCCUUACCAGUACUACUGCUGUUUAUAUUACCUGGCUAGAGACUGGUUUAUGCAUCUUUACAAAUGAUGUCUACCAUGUAGUUGCCUCAUUAACAGUUUUAUGUUGAUUAAAGAUGAUUCUUACGUGUGCGACAUCAAAAUGAUAGCUUGCUUUUAUCUUUCAGUUCUCAUUUUCUUUUAAGGUCACCUUUCUGUAGUACAGCUUGCUUUACUCUUUUCUCCUCAUGGAGAACAUGGUGCCUCCCGAAGGCCGCCUUUACUCCUGCAAAGGGUUUUGGUGGAAGAAAUGGUUGGUAGACUUCCAAAUCUUUGAAAUGAAUGGGAGCUGUUUACUUAUGAAUAGCUUUGGCCAGGAACUCCUCCCGAAGGUGACUUGAUGCUUCCCUAACACCAUUUACUUGGAAUCAGAGUUUUUGAACUAAUAAGCUUUAACAAUGUUUGUCCCGGUCUCACCUGAGUGAUGGAGUUAGAUGCUGUGUUUUAGAUAAGCAGCUAGUUAGUUCUUGACUCAGUGCUCGGUUCUCUCUCCACCGGACCAACUAUUGUAGCUAAGCGUGCUGUACUUUUUCUUUAGAAAUAGAGUUCUACCUGUAUUCAGGAUUAUACUUGAAAAAAUAUGCCAUGUUCUGAUAAAUAACCAUCAAAGUAUUCAAAUUGCUUAAAGGAAUUCAAGUGCAACCUGCAUUCACCCCUUCUGAAACUUAAUUCAUAAAUUCCUUUCUAUAAAGCUGUGUGUAGCAAGAAUGCAUUGUAUUUAGUUCUAUGCUGGCAGGAACAGAAUGGAGCACAACAAAGUACACAGCCUUACUUACGAGAGCCUUACAAAGUUACUAAAUGAAGGCAUUGAGCUGGCUAUCUAAAUUUACUUUAUGCUCUUUGUUUUAUUGAGAAUCUCUAUUUUAAAAAAAAAAUCAACAAAUGGAAUGACAGGGCCUAGCUGUGUAAAUUACCUUGCAAAAUAUGUUAAUUUUUUUUGUAAAAAAAAAGAUUAUUUUCACAUUAAACUGAAGCCUCUUUUGCAAGUUCAGAAAUCUAUGGGAAAGCAGUUUUUAAUCAUAUUUUAUGUCCAUGUACCUUUUUUCUUAAUAAAAUGGUUUACAAAAAGAAUGUAAACAAUUUAUGAUCUGGCAGUUACACUAAGGGUUCCCAGAGAGUUGGUGGUACUGAGUAAAAAACCAUUCAGGCAACUUGAGCAGACAACUGUUGCCAGUAACAUUCCUUGUGUGGGCCAUGAAGCACCUCCAGAUGAGUGAGGGACAGUCACUUAACUUUUCAAUUGUACUCGGAAUAAUUACUGCUGUGUACUAAGAACUUGACCCAAAUAAAAACCACACGAAGUGUA